AUGGGUUGCAUUUGCUUUAAACCUUUGCAAUCUUCGUCAUCUUUGUCUAAUAAAUCCACCCUCAUCGACCAACGAGAGAAUAACGAUGACAAUGACGGAAGCUCAUGUCCUAGUUUUCGAGAGUUCAGUUUGGAACAGCUGAGAGUCGCUACAGACGGAUUCUCCGCUGGGAACAUCGUGUCGGAGCACAACGAGAAGGUUCCUAACAUCGUCUACAAAGGGAGGCUCAAGGACGGCCGAAAGAUCGCCGUAAAGCGGUUUCAGAGGCUUUCUUGGCCCGACUCUUCCAAGUUUAUCGAAGCAGCACAAGCAGUGGGGAGGUGUAGGAGUGAGUAUAUGGCCAAUUUGAUCGGUUGUUGCUCAAAUGGUCACGAGAGGCUUCUCGUUGCUGAGUAUAUGCCCAAUGGAACACUUGCAAAGCAUCUUUUUCACUGGGAGAAACGACCAAUGAAAUGGGAAAUGAGGUUGAAGGUUGCGUUACAUACUGCGAGAGCCUUGGACUAUUGUAAUAAUAAAGGACUACACUUGUACCAUGAUCUUAACACAUACAGAAUAUUGUUUGAUAAGGUUGGGAAUCCAAGGCUGUCUUGCUUCGGUCUCAUGAAGAGUAGCAGAGAGGGGAGGAGCUACAGCACGAACUUGGCAUUUGCUCCACCUGAAUAUUUGCGUCUAGGUAUUGUAAUGCCAGAGAGUGUCAUAUUCAGCUUUGGGACUUUGUUACUGGAUCUUAUGAGUGGCAGACAUAUUCCACCGAACCAUGCACUUGAUAUGUUCCGUGGCAAAAACUAUUUGGUGCUAAUGGACUCAGCUCUGGAUGGCCAGUACUCUGAUGAGGACAGGACAGAACUAAUCCACCUAGCUUCCCGCUGUUUGCGUUUUGAACCAGACGAGAGGCCAAGCAUAAAGUUUCUUCUGAUGGCUCUUUCAAGACUUGAAAAAGGAGAAGAGUUAUUCCCAAACAUCAAAGUGGACAAAAACCCUGUAAGUGUUUCUUCAAAGACUCUACCAUACACUAAACCUGCAACAAAGAAGAAGCCAUUGCGCUUGACUCCUUUUGGAGAAGCAUGCUGGAGAGUGGAUCUAAGUGGCAUACACGAACUACUGGAGAAACUCGGAUAUGGAGAGGAUGUAGUGGUCACAAACGAGUUCUCAUUUGAAAUGUGGACGGGUCGAAUGCAAGAGAAUACAGAUUACAAGAAGCAUGGUGAUGCAGCAUUUCGUGCUAAGGAUUUUGAAACCGCAAUAGAAUUCUACACAGAGUUCAUGAGCGGAGCAUCAGUGGUAUCACCAACAGUUUUAACAAGACGGUGUCUAUGUUACCUAAUGUGCGAUAUGUUUAGUGAGGCUUUAACCGAUGCAAUGCAAGCUCAGCUUGCAUCUCCAGAGGGUUCAACCGCUCUCCACUUGCAAGCCGCUUGUCUCUUAAAGCUUGGGAUGGUAGCUGAAGCUAAAGAGGCACUUAGACAUGGCUCUUCUCUUGAAGCUUUUUAGAGUU